UUGUAUUUUUGUAUGGAUAAUAAUUCUGUAAUCGGAUCGGAGGUGGAUGCGGAGGCGGAUGAGUCGUAUGUCAACGCAGCUUUAGAAGAUGGUCAGACCGGAAAAAAAUCUGUCCAGCGGAAUUAUGCAACUGUUCUGACAGAGGAAGAUAUUCGAGCGCUUAUGGAAAUUGACGUUCAAAGUGUUUCAGAUUUUACUUCCCUCUCCAAAGCUGAAGCCACACUUCUGCUUUCUCACUUAAGAUGGAAUGUUGAUUGUAUAUGUAAACAAUGGUCUGCUGGUGCUCAAAGUGUUAGAGACAGCGUCGGCUUAUUGGAGCUUGAUCCACCUUCUGAUGACAACGAAUAUUUUUGCGGAGCCUGUGGCGAAUCACACCCACAUAAGAACUUGGCAUCGGUCUCUUGUGGUCAUCGUAUAUGCACUCGCUGCUGGACAAGCCAUAUCAACAAAAUCAUCAGUGAAAAGCCAGCUGCUGAAUGGAAUCUUUGGCUGAAAUGUCCUGUUCGUGUUGGUCUCCACGCUUCUUGUCCAGCUUCUGUUGGUCUAGAUACGAUUGAGAGAUUUGCUUCCAAGAGAGAGAAGUUCAAUUACAAUCAAUAUCUCCUUAGAUCUUACGUUGACAACAGAGAAACAAUGAAAUGGCAUCCUAUCCAGGGGUCUAGAUGCGCCAUUGAUCUUAGUCCAGGUUCUGGAAAUGCCAGUGUCUCCUGUCACCGUUUGGUUAGAUUCUGUUGGAAUUGCAGAGAAGACGCUCACAGUCCUGUGGACUGUAAAACUGCUGCAAAAUGGCUACUAGAAAAUGCGGUGCCUUGUCCCAAGUGUAAGCUAAGGAUCCCACGAAAUCAAGAUAAUUCACUGAAGAUGAAAUGCUUACCUUGUAACUAUGUUUUCUGUUGGUUCUGCCAUGUCGACUGGAUUGAAGACAUGGAAGGAACUGGUGGUGAUUUACACUUUUGUACCUUCGAUGCUGUCUUGAGUGAUCAACGUGGGAAAAUGUCAGAAUCUGAUUCAAAUAGAUACGAAGAUUGUUAUGAAAAUUGGGACAGUAAUGAAUUGUUGAUGCAAAAGGAACAAGCAAACCUGCCAAAACUAGAUACUAUUAUUCAGGAACUAAGUAACACACAGUUAGAAAACGUAUCGCAGCUUAAGUUCAUCCUAGAAGCUGGACUUCAGAUCAUAGAAUGUAGAAGGGUCCUGGAAUGGACUUAUGUUUAUGGAUAUUACCUUAGAGAGGAUGAGGUCGGGAAGCAAAAUUUAUUGAAGGAUACGCAAGAGAGGUUGAAGAAGUUUGUGGAAAAUCUCAAACACUGUUUGGAGACUAAUCUGCAGCCGUUUCGUUACGAGGAGGAACCGUCAAAGGAUUUCAAUGCCUUCCGCAUCAAGUUAACCGAACUAACUAGGUUUGAUAUUCCAUUGUUUCUUGUAAUUUUAACAAGAUCCAACAAUUAAACCCUAAAACCAAUCAACUUUUUUAUUUAUUUAUUUCUUUCUUUCAUAAUAGCCUAACGCGGAACCACUAUGAGAAUGUGGUAAAAGAUGUAGAGAAUGGCUUAGCUAGUGUUGUCUCUGAGGGGGAAGCAAGUGGUUCAGGCCGUAAUCAAUAAUCAUGAUGAUUAAAUCGAGUCUAAUUGUUGAGUUCCAAUUUACUACCGAUAAAUUGGUUUAAUUGCAAAUUGCAGUUUAGGCUGGAAUAUUGGAUAUAUAUUAAUUUUAUAAAAAAAAACGAGAAUGUUCUCUUUUUUUAAUGUUUGAAAUUACUGUUGUAAAAAUGUUUGAAUUGACUAAUUAUAAAAGAAAAUAUUGGGUGUGAGUUAUGUACUCUGUUUU